CUGAAACCGGACGACUUCUACCGCGAACGUAAUCGUUGGUGCUAUGAAGCCUGCCUCGAGUUGCUCAACCGCAGCGAGGCGAUCAACCAGGUAACCGUGGCCCACGAGCUCGACACGAUGAACGUGUUGGAAGAAGUGGGCGGAAGCUCCUACCUGAACCAGGUCGUCGCCGUGGUUCCGACUUCCGUUCACAUCGAGUACUACGGCCGGAUUGUUCAUCGGACCGCCACCAUGCGCCGGUUGAUUACCGUCGCCAGCGACAUCGCGGAGAUCGGGUUCAAGGACGAUCCGGACGUCGACAGCUUCGCUGGGCGAAGCCGAAGACCUGUUGUUCGCCAUUCGUUCAGGAGCCCACACGCGUGA